UCACAAAAAGCAUCAGUCUUCCAUCGCACGUUCCGUCGUUUGAUUACAAUGAAGACUGCGCUUUUUAUUCUUCUAUUGGGGUGUGGAGCCCUUGCAGUGCCACACAGGCACCACUCAUCGAGAGAAUCUCAAGAACAAACUGACGCUAAAGAAAAUGACGUCGUUGAAAUGGAUAUCAGUGUAUUGGGAGGCGUUAAAGAGCUUAAGGUUGGAACAUCACGAGGACGUUCUAGUCAGUCUUCAGGAUCGAGAAGCUGGCCAUCAGUUCGAGGUGUCAUAUCUCAACAACCCGAAAGUGUACAAGAAGUUGCAGAAGUAUGUCAACAGCAGCAACAGCAACUUGACGAUAUCGAGAGACAGCUUGAAGACAACCAAGACAGAACUCCUGUGCAGAGUCAAAAAAUUGAAGUCCAACAGCAGAUACAACAGAUAAGGCGUUUGAAGCAGGAGCAAGAUGAAAUUAAGCAACAAAUCGAACAAGAAUCACAAAGUGCUCAGUCAACAUCUCCAAACAAGCUCAAUCAGAUUCAGAGGCAACAACAACAGCUUCAACAGAAGAUCGAUCUUCUUCAGCAAACAGUCGACCAAGAAUCACCAUCAUCUAACCUACUUGGAGCAAGAAAAUCCACCAGUGUUCAGCAAUUACUCAUUCAAUCGAAACUACAGCAAAUUCAAAUUGCCCAAAUCAAGCAGCAACUCGAAGAAGCCCAACAAAAUGCAGCAGGGCCCGGCCAGAUGGCGCAGGUUAAGCAACAGAAGCAAGAAGCUCAACAACUUCAGCAGCAAUUGAAUCAAGUCACGCAGGAAAUUCAACGCGAAGCUCAAAACAAUCAGCCAACUUCACCCGCCAAAUUAAACCAAAUUCAAACGCAACAAGAACAGCUUCAACAGGAAAUUGACAGUCUUCAACAAGCAGUGGAGCAAGAACAAGGUACGUCACUGAGCCUUUCCACUGGUGGACGGACACAACCUGGUAAUCUGCUACAGCUUAAAGCUCAAAUUCAACUACAGCAAUUACAACUUGACCAAAUUAAACGACAACAGCAAGGCGCAAUCGGUACUGGUCAAGAAAUCCAAGUUCAACAGAAAAUACAGAAUGUUCAACAACAAAUAAAUCAGAUUGCCCAGGAAAUCCGCAAACAAGCUCAAACUCCGCAAUCCGCAUCACCAUCAAAGUUAAACCUGAUUGAGAGACAGCAGGACUCUAUUCAACAACAAUUAGGCUCUUUGCAGCAGCUUGUAAGUAGACAACAACAAAGUCAGUGGAGUCCCUUGGGAAUAUUCAAUACUCGCUCACAAGCAUGGUCUUCAGCCGCAACUGCAGGUUUCGGUGGCGUUAGCUUACAACGACUAGCGUCUCAAGCACAGCGUCAACAAAAUCAAAUUCAACAAAUUGACGCAGCUGUACAAGAUGUUCAAGCAAAUGCUGUUAGCACAAGUCGAAAGAUUCAAGCACAGAGACAGAUGCAACAAGUUGAACAACUUCAGCGCCAAUUAAAUGACAUGGAAGAAGAGAUUCAGGAUGAAGCGAAUAGUCCACAACCAACUUCACUAUCAAAAGUAAAUCAAAUCCAAAGGAAGCAAGACGAAUUACAAGUUAACAUUGAUCAACUUCAACAAUCUAUUGGUCCAGUUGGUUUAUUUGGCGCAGGUGGUAUCAACCAAAAACGGCAAUCGCAAUCAAUUUGGGGAACUUCUGGUCCCCAGAGUAUACGUCAAUUGCUUAGUCAGGCACAACAGCAACAGGGUCAGAUUCAACGAAUUGAAGGUCAGCUUCAAUCCGCUCAACGUGGUGCAACCGGACAAGGUCAACAAAUCCAGAUACAACAAUUAUUGCAACAGGCAUUGCAAGUACAGCAACAAGCUCGUCAAGUAAAACAACAAAUUGAAGCUUCAGCUCAAAGCCCCGUACCACCUUCUGCAGUACGUCUAAGUCAAAAUCAAAGGCAACAGAAUCAACUACAGCAAAAUAUUGACCAACUUGAACAGACUGCAGAACAAGUUUUAAGACAACAAUCCGGCAGUUCAUCAAUCUGGAUGGUACCGGCUUCACUUCAGUCACAGAUAGCAACCAUUCAAAACAGUCCCCUCAGGCAAAACCCAUGGCUUGCACGAAGAAUUGGUCAAACGCAGUGGUUGAGUCAAACACCAAGACAUGUUCAACUACUAGGUCAGCUACAACAGCAAAAGGAACAAGUAAACCAAAUUCAAAAUGACCUGCAGGAUAUUCAGCAAGAAGUUACCAGUCAAUUACAGCAACUCCAAGUUCAACAGCAACUUCAAGCUGCUAACGCAAUUCAACAAGAGCUCGAUGAUGUUGCGCAAAGGAUUCAAGAAACAACCCAAAGUGGCCUCACACCUUCAAUUGCAGUUGUAAGCUCCAUUCAGGCAGAACAAUCUCAAUUGCAACAGAAAAUCAAUCGUCUUCAACAGCAGGUGAGAGAACAACAACAGCAACUUGGUCUUCAAUCAGUUUCCAGGCUCGGAGGAUGGACUAGAACACCAAGAGGAGUUGUUACAUCCAGUCGCAGACAACAAUGGUCUUCACAAUCUGCAACAGGUCGAAUUCAAGGACAAGGCAUAUCUCAAUGGGCCCCUAGUGUACAGCAAUUGGUUUCUCAAGCUGAAGAUCAGCAGGUACAGUUGAACGAAAUUCAAAAUGAUCUUCUAAAUUCCCAAAGAGAAGCGGCUGGACAAAUACAACAAAUUCAAGUUCAGAAACAGAAACAACAAUUACGACAACUUCAACAUCAACAAAAUAGCAUUGAGCAGCAGCUCCAACAGGAAGUUGAAAAUGACCAACCAACCCCUGUUCAAGUACUUAAUCAAAUCCAAAGACAACAGGUGCAACAGCAACAACAGCUGGAUCGCCUUAAAAAAGCAGUACAAAGACAGAGAGGUCAAAGAGGACAACCAUGGCAAGGAAGUGUCGGUUUAGGGGCAACACAAACUCAAGGACAAACAGUUCGUCAAAGACAGGAACAAGCUGGUCAGUUACCUAACCAAUGGGACGAGGAUCAAACCGAGCAAGGAACUUUGGAUGACCUCGUUCAAAAGGAAGUAACACCAGCACAAAAUCAGGAUCUGCAGCAACAAAGACAAGUCGGUCAGUUAGAAGCACAAGCAGUUCAGAUUUCACCAGUGGCGAAGGAGAUUCAGAUUAAUGAUCCUCAAACAAUUAAGAAACAAGGUGAUGUGUUGCGUCUCGUUAAAAAUAUAAAUCAACAGCCACUCGAUGAUGAACUUGUACAGGCUGGUAACUCGUAUUCAAUUGAAGCAAAUUCUGACAAAUAUACGGAUCAACAAGCAGUAAGAAAUCUUGGAAAGCAAAUUGAGAAGGGAAUACUGCCCAGAGGUGAAAUUUUUUCUGUUUUCAACCCAGACCAUCUGAAGCAAGUGAUCGCCGUCUUCAAAGUUUUAUAUCACGCUCAAGACUGGGAUACAUUCAUUAACACCGCAGCUUGGGCUCGUGUAAACGUCAACGAAGGCGUCUUUUUACAUGCAUUAUCUGUAGCUCUCGCUCAACGUGGAGACACCGAUCUCAUUACUCUACCGCCGACCUACGAGAUCACACCCAAUUAUUUCGUCAACAGCCAUGUGAUCCAAAAAGCUCAAAAUGUUAAGCAACUAAUAUCUGAUACCUCGCGUCCAAGAGAAUACGUCAUUAUCGCUAACUAUUCCGGAUCGCACUUGAACUUGGAUCCCGAACAAGCCCUAUCGUAUUUCUUAGAAGAUGUUGGUUUGAACGACUUCUAUUUCGAUUACAACAUUAACUAUCCAUUUUGGUUGAACACUGAGUAUUUACAACAAGGAGGAGAUCGGCGGGGUGAACAAUCCUACUUUUUGGCCCAGCAACUUCUUGCACGUUAUUACAUGGAACGUCUAUCAAAUAACGUAGGUGAUAUUCCUGAAAUAAAUUUGGAAGAUAAAAUGAUAGAGACUGGAUACGUCCCAUCACUACGCUACCCCAACGGCUUAGAAUUCCCAGCCAGACCCAGCAAAGUUUUCUUAGGAAGAGACGAGGAAGUUGAAGAUAUUCAAGACAUGGCACGACGCAUUAAAGAUGCCAUCGAUUCCGGAAAAGUCUCCGACGAAGAUGGAAAUGAUAUUGAUAUAUCAGGUGAAGAUGGAUUCGACACGUUGAUGAAUAUUAUUCAAUCUACUCCAGAAUCACUCAAUCCACAAUUUUACGGAGCCUUAGAGGUAGUUAUGCGAUGGGUACUUGGAAAUUCUUUAGAGCCCCUUGACCAAAACAAACUCGCUCCAUCAGCCCUAGAACACUUCGAAACUACUCUCCGUGACCCUGCGGCUUGGCAAUUACUAAAGAAGGUCGUUAAAUUGGCACAACAGUAUAAACAGAAGCUUCCAAGUUACAACGAACAACAAGUUCAUUUCCCGGGAGUCGAAGUCCAAAGUGUGCAAGUCAGUCCCCUAGUGACGUUCUUUGAUAAGAACGACAUUGACAUUACAAAUGCUGUUUACGUAAAUGAACAAGAUGUUGCUACGGACUCGAUUAAGAUUUUGGCCCGCCAAGCUCGCCUAAACAACCAGCCCUUUACAGUAAAGAUAAACGUAAACAGUCAACAAGCUCAACCAGCAGUUGUGAGGAUCCUGCUUGGACCCAAACACGACGAAUACGGACGUGAAAUUAACAUCAAUGACAACCGUCUUAACUUCAUCGAAUUGGAUAAGUUCCCGGUACAAUUACGACCUGGUUCCAACAAUAUUAUUCGUGAGUCCAAAGAAAUGAACGUUGUAGACGAUUCGGCAAGCGCGGAAGAGCUUGAGCAACAGGUCGAACAGGCUCUUAGUCAACAGACGCCACUUCAAUUGUCAUACGACGAUAUUCUUACAGGUUUCCCCAAAAGAUUGCUUUUACCCAAAGGUCAACGAGGAGGUCAGGUGUUCCAGAUAAUGGUGGUAGUUAGUCCGUUGGUGGAGUCGCCCGCCCAACAGCAAGCUCAACAACAAAUGCAACAGGCUGUCCUGGGUCAAGAUCCAACAGUGCAGAGAGGAAUUCUCAAUCAGAAUGUAGACGGUCUGCCCUUGGGUUUCCCGUUGGAUAGGGAAGUUGAUGAAGUCGUCCUUGCGAACGCACCCAAUUUAGCUUUACAAGAUGUACUUAUCGUCCACGAAGGCCCCGAAAUUGCGGAAGCUCAAAAGGAAAUUCAAAACGAAAGCCAGACUCAGCUGCUUUUAUUGUGUUUGAUUCUAUUCACAAUGAAGGUGGUACUGUUAUUAGCAUUUCUGGUGUGUUCCACCCUUGCCGUUCCCUUAGGACAAACGACUGAUCGUACAACUCCAUACAUCAAGAGUCAAACCUAUCCUGCCACGUAUGGACAACGAAAUGAACAACAGUCUAGUUUGAACCCAUGGAUGACCAGGAAGUAUCAAAACCAGUGGACUCGGGGACCAUCAACAAUGACGGAAACACCCCAACAACUUCGCCAAUUGGAACAACGUUUGUACAACAUUCAGCAACUGCUCCAGCAACAGAAACAUAUGUACGAUGUGUCACAAUGGCAGCAGUAUAUGCAGGUUGCAAGUAGAUACCUAGAUCUGGUGCAUAACCUUCAGGAACAGUCUCAGUAUGGUAUUCCUGAAGAUCGAUUAGGUCAGCUGCAGCUGCAAGUCCAAAAUUUCUAUCAAGAAAUACAAACAACUCUUCAGAAUGGUGAUCAAGGUUUCGGAAAUCCUCAGUAUUUUAAAAAAUCUUUCCCUACACGCAACUACGAGUAUCAGUUAGACUCUCCAUACGAAUUGCUUCAAAAGUCGUAUAAAUGGAAUCCUUUAUACCAACAACGUCAACAACAACGACAACAAUGGAAGCCAAUUGUUGGUCAGAAGGAGUCCUUCGAUACCUUUAAAAGCUACAAACAAAAGGGGUAUCAAUAUCAGAAAGGAGUGCUCUCCACUGGAAAAAGCAAGUUUAUCCGUCAACGUCAACAGGAAGCUGGAUUUCUUCCAAAUCAGUGGGAUGAAGAUUAUACCGAGCAAGGAACUUUUCAGGAUUUGGUAAGGCAUUAUUUUGCACCACCUCAAAAUCAAGAACUUCAGACUCAACGCCAGAUUGCCCAUUAUGAAGCCCAAGCUGUUCAUGUCAACCCACAAACGGAGGAAGUUAUUAUUGAAAACCCUGAACAUUUAAAUAAGCAGCAGCAAGUUUUGUAUCUUCUGAAAAACAUUCAUCAACAGUACAGUUCUGAUCCAGAAAUUGGUCUACGAGAUAAUGACUACUCUAUCGAAGCCAACAUUAAUAAUUAUAAUGAUGUCCACGCUGUUUACAAUUUAAUGAAACAAUACAAAAAGGGUUUACUCCCUAAAGGAGCCCUUUUUUCUAUUUUCAACCCUGAACAUCUAAAACAGGUUGUGACAUUGUUCAAAGUGCUUUAUCACGCGAAAGACUGGGACAUUUUCAUCAAGACUGCAACAUGGGCGAAAGUCCAUGUGAACGAAGAUUUGUUUCAAUACGUCUUAACCGUUGCACUUGUUCAAAGAGGAGACACCGACUUCUUAGCAUUGCCCCCAGCCUACUACGUCAACCCACACUACUUUAUCAAUCAAUAUGUUAUUCAGAAAGCACAAAACAUCAAACAAGCCAUUACUGAUUUCACGCCUCAGAAGAAGUACUUCAUUAAUUCCAACUAUUCCGGAUGGUACUUAAACCUAGACCCUGAGCAAUCCUUAUCUUACUUUUUAGAAGACAUUGGACUUAAUGACUACUAUUAUUUCUACCACAUCAAUUACCCAUUCUGGCUGAACACUGAAUACUUGAAAUUCGGUGGUGAUCGCCGUGGAGAACAAGAGUACUACUUUAUUCAACAACUUUUAGCAAGAUACUACAUGGAACGCCUUUCGAACAACAUUGGUGACAUUCCUGAAUUAAAUUUAGACGAUAACGCUAUUGAUACCGGUUAUGUCCCAUCGUUACGCUAUCCAAAUGGAGUGGAAUUCCCAACCAGAGGCAUUAAUGCCCAUUUGGGUAGGGAAGAACUUCUGGAUGAAGCAGAACUCUUUGUCCAACGCGUAAGAGAUGCUAUCGACGCUGGAUACGUUAUUGACGAAGAUGGGCACCAAGUUGAUUUAGUUGGAGAAGAUGGCUUUGAAAUGCUUCUUAACAUUAUCGAAUCAACACCGGAAUCACCAAACCCGCAAUACUACGGCCCUACGCACAUGAUUCUGCGAUGGGUUCUUGGACAUUCUCUUGAACCAUUUGACUCUCAAAAACUUGUUCCGUCCGCUUUGGAACAUUACGAAACCACCCUUCGCGAUCCCGUAUCUUGGCAGUUGUUCAAAAAGCUUAUCGAACUCGUCCAGCGUUACAAACGCUAUCUUCCCAGUUACAACCAGCAACAACUUCACUUCCCAGGAGUCAGCCUUGACGAAGUUCGUGUAGAUGCAUUGAAUACAUAUUUCGACCAAUACGAUGUGGACAUAUCGAAUGCAGUUUACGUAAAUGAAGAAGAAUAUGCCGAAGAUUCCGUCAAAAUUUUCGCUCAUCAGGCUCGUCUUAAUCACAAACCUUUCACUGUCCAAAUGACUGUGAACAGUCAGAAAGCUCAACCUGCCGUUGUAAGGAUUUUCCUUGGCCCGAAGUAUGACGAAUACGAACGUGAAAUUGAUAUCAAUGAGAACCGUCUUAAUUUCUUCGAAAUGGAUAAAUUCCAAGUUGAACUUCAACAAGGUCGAAACAAUAUUAUUCGUGAAUCCACCCAAAUGAACGUUGUCGAAGAUUGGUCUUUCGAAGAUGGUUUCCCACAGCAAGUUCACAAGGCUCUGGAGCAAGGGUCACUCCAGAUUCAAUAUUCUGAUUUACUGACAGCAUUACCGAGCAGAUUGCUUCUUCCAAAAGGGCAACGAGGUGGUCAGACCUUCCAGAUCUUCGUAAUGAUAAGUCCAUUGAUCGAGUCUGCUCAACAACGCCAAGCUGUUGAACAAAUGCAACAAAAUAUCUUCGGCGAAGACUACAAUGUACAGAAAGGUAUUCUCAACCAAUAUGUUGAUGGCCUUCCUUUGGGAUAUCCUUUCGAUAGGGAAAUUGACGAAACCGUUUUCUUCGACAUUCCUAAUGCCGUUUUUCAAGAUGUCGUCAUUGAACAUGAAGGACCUGAAAUACUUGAAGCUCAAAAACAAAUUGGAGACUACCAAUCCACGCCUACUAAGAACUUUUAUUAGUGAUGAUGACGACUAUGCACGAUACACCGAAAAGAUAAUUAGAUAUGUACGAUUGAGUUGGCAAAUAAAACAAUUCUAAUGAGUUGA